AUGGCGGCUGGAGGUAGAUUUACGUUUAGUGAUAUGCAGAAUCCAUUGUUUCUGCAUCCUUCAGAUGGACCUACAUCUGUGACUGUAUCGAAGCUUCAAUGUGCGAGUGAUUUUCGUUCAUGGAAGCGUUCGAUUGAGAUCCAGCUUGCUGCGAAGCGCAAGUUAGGGUUUGUAGAUGGAAGCGUGUUAAAAAGCACAACUGAUCCUGUUGAUGCUGCACAGUGGGAUACUUGCAAUAAUCUGGUAAUCUCCUGGCUUCAUAACAAUGUUCUCGAAUCAAUUCGUCAUUCCAUACUCUAUAUGACAUCUGCUGUUGAGAUUUGGAAUGUUUUGGAGAAGCGAUUUUUGCUUACUAAUGGUUCACGAAAGUAUAAAUUGAAUAAGGAUCUAUUUGAGUUGAAACAGAGUCAGUUAACAAUUGCUGAGUAUUAUACAAAAUUGACUUGUAUUUGGGAAGAAAUUGACUGUUUGAAUGUGUUGCCUGCUGUGUCUGUUGUUACACCUGAGGUCUUGGCUUUGUUGAAUAAAAUCAAUGUUUUGCGUGAUGAAUCCAAGCUGUUUCAGUUUCUCAACGGUUUGAAUGAGGUGUAUGCCCCUCAACGGAGUCAAUUGUUGAUGAUGAUGCCUCUUCCAACUGUUGAAGUUGCUUGUGCAGCUCUUCAACAAGAAGAGUCUCAGCAUGAGGUUUUGCACUCUGUGCAGCCUUCGUCUGAUUUUGAUAGUGUAGCUAUGUUUAGUCAAGGAAGCUCAGGUACAGGGACUGUCUUUGAAUGUUCUGUGUGUCACAAGAAAGGGCACACAUCUGAUAGAUGUUGGAUGAAAAUUGGAUAUCCUAAGUGGCAUGAUAAGCAUAAGUUGAAGGCUGGGGGUAAAGCUAGUCAUUCAAAAUGGUCUGGUAACAAUUCUACUAAUUCUGGAAACAAGCGUAUGAGUAAUAAUGCAAAAAUUGGUUCUACUGAUACUCUGGAGAAUGUUUCUUUAACUUCUCAGCAACUGCAGCAACUUUUAAAGUUGAUUCCUCACACUGAUACUGAUGAUGAGCUUGAUGACUCAUUCUCUGGUAUGGUGACUUGCUGUCUGACUUCUGCAGCUACAAAUAAUCAGACCUGGAUAGUGGAUACAGGGGCAACGGAUUAUAUGACAGCCUUCUUGGAUAGGCUUGUUGAUGUUAAAAAAGCACCUCCUAACAGUGUCAUCAAUUUGCCUAAUAGUGGUAUUGCAAAAAUUACUCACAUUGGUAAUUUGACACUGCAGAAUGGAUUGUUUUUGAAGGUUGUGUUAUAUGUGCCUACGUUUAAUCAUAAUCUGUUGUCCAUCCGGGAACUAGCUCAAGAUAAUGAUUGUCAUGCUACAUUCACUCCAAAUGAGUGCAUCAUUCUGUCAAAUUCAGUGAACUCUGUUCUGGCUACUGGUGUGAUUGAUAAUGGGUUAUAUUGUUUUGUUGAGUCAUCUCAGAAAUUGUCUAAUGUAGCUGUCUUCAAGGAUUCUGCUCUGUGGCACAAAAGAUUUGGUCAUGUUUCUAAAUCUACAAUGAAUCAUAUGCCACAGUUCAAACAUCUAACUGCAGAUUCUAAUGCUGAGACUUGUCUCACAUGUCCACUUGCUAAAUUUGCUAAGAUUCCAUACCAGCGGAGUACAAGUCAUGCUGCUGAGCCAUUUGACCUUGUUCAUUUGGACACAUGGGGUCCUUACAAGGUGAGCACAAGAGGUCAUUUUCGCUAUUUUCUUACAUUGGUCGAUGAUCACACUCACAUGACUUGGGUAUAUCUUUUACGACACAAAUCAGAUUUCUUGGAGAGGUUCACUGUGUUUCAACAAUAUGUCAAGAAUCAUUUCAAGUCCUCAGUUAAGACUCUUCGUUCUGAUAAUGCUCCGGAAUCUUCUGAUGCUCAUGCUUCUGCGUAUUAUAAAAAACAUGGCAUUGUUCAUCAGACUUCCUGUCCAUAUAGACCUCAACAGAACUCUAGAGUGGAGCGUAAGCAUCGUCAUAUUCUGGAACUUUCACGAGCUUUGCGUUUUCAGUCAGGCUUACCCUUAAUGUACUGGGGAGACUGCGUCAUGUCAGCAGUUUACAUCAUGAAUCGGUUGCCAACUGCUGCUUUGAAUCACAAGGUUCCAUAUGAAUUGCUUUUUAAAGAGGCUGUGGAUUAUACUGAAUUUAGAGUGUUUGGGUGUCUAGCUAUGGUGGCUAAUCCAGAACCUACAAGUGAUAAGUUUGCACCAAAAGCAAUACCAUGUGUUUUCUACAUAGCUGUCGAAAAAGGUCAUGCCGAUACAGCGAAGAUGCUCUGCACAACUUGCACAACUCAACAUUUUUUGGUUGGUCCUGCUGGUAAUUUGACUGCUUUGCAUGCUGUUGUCAAGAAGCUUGACGAAGAUGUCAAAGAUGUGAUUGAAAUGAUCAUUGAUCAAAUCAAAAAGCACAACACAAAUGUUCUUCAUGAUGAAAUAUUUUACGAAACUGACGAGGAUGGAUAUACUGUGUUAGAAGUGGCGGUGGAGCAAAACCAAAUGGAAGUGGUUAAUUUGAUAUUAGAUUUACAACAUCCCGCCGCCUCAAAGAGAAAUGAUGGUGCUUUUAUCAGUCUCAUGCCUGUAAUAUAUAAAGCCGACGGGAAGCGUUACACCAAGAUUGUCGACUUACUCACCCAAAGGUACGACGAGGGAUCUAAAUUGUCUAAAGACUUCAAAGAUCAAGUCCGUUUGAUAUCGGCGAUUAAAAGUGGCGAUAAAGACACCGUCGUCAGCCUAUUGGAUGCAGGCCGUGGUGGCCAGCGUCUUGUGACCUUUGUUGACAAGCAGCGUCUUGUGACCUUUGUUGACAAGCUUGGUUGGACAGCCCUUCAUCAUGCGGUAUAUCAUGAAUCUAUUCCAAUAAUUAAACACAUAGCAGAAGCUCAAAAAGGGAUUAAACCUAAAUCUGGGUACAAAGAUAAGGUACCUACACCGUUUCAUGUAGCUGUCCAAAAAGGACGGACUUCUAUAGUGACACUUCUUAUGCAAUUAUGGCCAACUUCCUCUUCAACAUAUACUGCUGUUGAUAAAAAAGGACAAAAUAUACUACAUUUGGCGGCAUUGCAGAGCAAAAAAGAUAUGAUAGAAGGUAUUCUUAAAAAUUGCCCAGCAGAGCAUAAGAAAGAGUUUGUGAACAAGCAGAAUAACAAUGGCUAUACAACUCUUCACGUGCUUAUCCAACGUGGUUGCUUUGUUCCGGAACUUUUAAAAUACGAAGGACUUGAUACAAGUGUGAAAAACAAUAAGGACUGGACUCCUUUGGACAUGUUGUAUGUCGAGGACGAAAUUAGGAUGGACCAGGCGAAAAUCAAAGUGGCACUUGAUCAUUUCCAAAUUAAUGGUAAAAAGGAUAUUUUUUCAAGUUCAGUGUUCACAACUAGUGAACGAGAGAGAAAAGACGUGGAAUUUAGGAAAGCAGCACAAAAAAUGAUCGAUGGAAUGCUUGCACUGAUGAGAGAAAAUAGUGGAGUUGUUGCAAAGUGUUAUGCCGAUGCCAUUGGCGGAGAUCCUAUAUCUAGAGCUGCAUUGGAGAUUGAAGCCGAUACACCCAACAAAGAGGGAGAAACUAUCCUUCAUGUUGAAUCAAAGAAUGGAGCUAUAGAAAACGUUCGGUUCAUUUUGAGUGCGUUUGCAAAGAAAAAUCUUUUGGUCAGGCUGGAUAAUCGAAAACAAAGUGCACUUCACCUUGCAGCACGUCAUGGACACGCUAAAGUGGUUGAGGCUCUCCUUAGUGCAGUCAAACGUAAUUUGCCUCCUUCCUCAGCACUCCAUGCAGAUUUUAAACCAUUACUUGAGAGAAGUGAUGAGUCCAGACGCACUCCGUUAGAAUUGGCAAUGUUCCACAAUCACGUGAACGCUGUUGAACUGAUAUUACUUGAAGAUCCGGCCUAUCAAGAUGGCCGUGGAAGUAGAAAUCAGGGUCUUUUGCAUUUAAUCUCCCAAGCCAGGGAGAAUAAAUACAAUGAGAAAAUUGUCCAAUUACUGUGUGCAACUUUCGAAACUGGGAUCGACCCUAAUCUUAAAGGCGUGGUAGAUUUGAUUAUGGCUAUUCAAAGACACGAUGCAGAUCCUAUAUCCAAACUCUUGGAAGGAGAUCAAGAUAAUAAACAUUUCCUAAAUUUUGUGGACUCUGAAGGAUGGACCCUGCUUCAUCAUGCAGCAUAUCACCAAUUUGAUUCUAUACUCAGUGUCAUGAUAGAAGCUCAAGAAAAAGUAGGAUAUCAAUUUGUAUGUAAAGAGGGGGUAGCAACACCAUUUCACGUAGCAGCAAGAUGUGGACAUACUUCUACUGUUAUUCGACUUCUGCGAUUAUGGCAGACUUUGUCCCGGUACACAACAGUCGAUGAAAAUGGUCAAAAUAUUAUGCAAGCUGCGCCCUCUCCGUACACAGCAGUUGACGAGAAUGGUCAAAACAUAUUACACUUGGCUGCUCUUAAGAAUAAAAAGGAGAUGGUGAAUGGUAUUUUAAAAUGUUGUCCACCAAAGCAGAAGGACCAGCUUUUAUUCAAAAAAGAUGGCGAGGGCAAUACACCUCUUCAUUCACUUGUCUCUGAAGGAUGCUUCAUUCAGGAUCUCAUCAAAUAUAUAGCAGGUGAUACAACCAAUAACGAUGGUUGGACUCCCAGAGACAUGUUAUAUAUUCAACAUGACAUUGUUGGUGAUCAGGUACAAAUAAAAAUGGCACUGCAUGAUCAUAUGAUCAACACCGAUAAGUCUAGGAAACUUUGGUCUGGUAGCCGAAGGAAAAGUACUUCUUCAAGUUUAGCAGUGCUCCCCCAUAGUAGACGAGAGAAAAAAGAUGUCCUAUUUAAUGAAGGCCAAAACGAGUUGACGAAAAAAAAGAAUAAAAAGAUGCAAGAAGAUCUGCAAAGAUAUAGAGAGGGGACCAACAGCCAGAUCGUAGUUAGUGCACUUAUAACUACCAUAACUUUUACGGUAGGAUUCACCAUACCUGGUGGUCUUCAUCAAAGUGGAGAAAGUAAUCAAGGAUUGGCGGUUCUUUCAAAAAAGGCAGCUUUUAAAAUAUUUAUGAUAGCCGAUGCCUUUGCUUUGCUAUUGUCCAUCUGUUCUUUGUUCAUCUACUUUCUUGAAAAUAUGUCUGAAGAUCUCGAGCAUGUGACCAGACUUCAUGCAAUGGCAGUUGGGCUGAACAUCGCUUCUGUUAUGUUGACGAUGUUUGUUUUUAUGACAGGAACGUAUGUUGUGUUAUCCGAGUCAUUAUCCCUGAGCAUUACCAUUUGCGUAAUCGGUUCCCUCUUCUUUAUUUUUGUCAUUUUCCAACUGCUGAAGAUUGCAUAUGAGCGAGUACGGAAGAAUGACGAUUACAAGAAAGAAGCUUGAGUAUC